AUGAAUGAAUUUGAUAUUUUAAAUGGAACAGAUGAAUUUCCAUAUCCACAAUCACUAAUUAAUACAGAUUUUAAAAAUUUUAAUAUAGAUGAGAUAGAUUUAUUUCUAUAUAAAAAUCAUAGAUUUACUUCCAUAGACCAAUUAAUUAAAGAUUUAAAAAAAUUAUCAACAGAAUUAAAUGAAACAUUAUUAAAUUUAGUAAAUAAUGAUUAUAAUGAUUUUAUAAAAUUGGGAAAAUCAAUAAAUGGAGGAUAUGAAAUUAUAAAUAUGUUAAUACAAGAUUUAAAAGGUUUCAAGAGUGACUUAGUAAAAUAUGAGUCUAAAUUUAAUAAUAAACUUGAUAAUAUUGAAAAAACAAUACAAUUAAGACAAGAAUUGGUCAAACUAAAGACAAAGAGUAAAUUAACAAUAUUAUUAAAUGAUCAAAUAGUACAAUUUGAUACAUGUUUAAAUACAGAAAAAGAUGUAGAUAAGUUGACGGGAUUAUAUUUAUCAAUUAUAAAAACAAGUGAAUAUUUAGAAACAGACUCCAAGUUACUUGAAUCCUUACAAUCCAAAGUGAAUCUGAUACAAUUUGAAUAUAUAAGUUUUAUUAAACAACAACCAAUAACAAUAGAUAUAGUUAGUAUAUAUAAACUAAUUGGUAUAUAG